GCUUGAUCCAUUUUCCUUCAAAAAUUACUCAAAAUGUACAAAUAAUUUUACAAUGAUUCACACUGUAAAUGAAUGUCUGUGGCAUCAUUAAUAUAGUGCAGUGAGUGUCAUAUUAAAUUAUAUGUUAGUUAAGUUAUAAAACGUUAUAAUUUCUUGGCGUCCUAUCGGCUGUUUGGAGCAUUAUGAAGCAAACUGCUACGAUACCGUUUCAAAAUUGCUAAAUGCUAAAGGAGCGCCUGUGCAAGAUGUUUUCGUUUCAUAGGCCCAAAGUGUACAGGUCAACAACAGGAUGUUGUAUCUGUAAAGCAAAAUCGAGCAGUUCGAGAUUCACUGAUAGCAAAAAGUACGAAGAAGACUUUUUAGAAUGCUUCCAGUUGUCUACCCCACGACAAGGGGAGAUAUGUAAUGCGUGUGUUUUGUUGGUAAAGAGAUGGAAAAAAUUACCAGCAGGUUCUGACCGAAACUGGCGACAUGUGGUGGACGCUCGUGCAGGUCCCGGCAUGAAAUCGAUGACUAAGGUAAAGAGCAAGAACAAGAAUAAUGGAGACAAGUUGACGUCGAUAAAGAAGAAAAAGAAACAGGACCAGGAGGACGACCAUCGUCCACGACGUCAUCGUCCCGACGACGAUGAUUUUGAUCGUGAAUACAGUCCCGCGCUGUCGGACGAUAUCAAGAGUGACGGAGGCGUCCAGGAUGUCGAAAUGAACGACAUGGAUUUCGCAUCGUCUGACAACGAUCCCAGCAACCGAUCCAGCAGAACCGCGAGUCCAGGUGCAAGCGAUUAUGAAGAAGGUGCCCCAGGAUCAACUUCCCGUCACAGCAGUAGACGACUCAAGGGACAGGCCAAAAGACGGGACAAUUUACCUGAAAUCAGUGGAUUUGUUGAUCUGGAUUUUUGGACUAAGGAGAAGAUUUGCUGCGGAGUGAUUUUCAAAGCUCCAAACGGGGAAGUUUUGGUCGAUCCUAGGUUUUUAAAACCGUGCUCGGCCCGAUUGGCUAAGUGUCAAAAGAGGAGGGCGUCAUUGGAGAAGACCGAACUCGAAAUUAACGAUGCCGCUACUAAAGGAAAAAGCUACAGCGACACCAGCUCGGAUUCGGGGUAUGACGAGUCAUCUAACCAAGGUGCUGCUGAUCACGGAUCGGCUCUGUUCCCGAAAAAGCCCGAGAAACAGCAGACACCUGUCUCGUGUAGUAGUAAUAACGUUAACAGGAGCAUAACGUCGACAAUAGGUAAUGAUAACGAUCUAAUGCAUUCAAAAAUCGACAAUUAAUGUACGCUCUCUGUAGAUUGUUCUAAUUUAUUCGUUUACUGUUACUGAUUAGCGUUUAAGUAACUUAAGGCUUUGACAUUUUAUGUGUUUUUGGGAUACUGUAUUCCAAGUCUCUGUGGCACUUUCUGGGUACAUUUUAAAUCUAAUCCUUCAUAAAGACUAACAAAUGAAGGCUUUUUUCAGAGAUCACUUAGAAAGAACUUUUGUUUGUUAACAUGGAAAUCCAAACAAUUGUACAAUUUUUUUAGUUGCUCAAUUGUAAUAAUAACAACUGAAAGAAAUGUAUGUAAGUAAUUGAAUCUAUCAAAGCGUUUUUAGUUAACAAAACAGGACGAAAAGUAAUUAUUAAGUAGCAAACUUUUGUUCGUUAACUUGACAAUCGAAACUAUUGUAUAAUUUUUCAGUUGUUUAUUUUAUUUGCAAUAACAACUGAAAGAAAUGUAAGAAUGUCAUUGAAAUGUAGUAAGAGACGUUUAAAAUUGAGUUAAAUUUUGAUAAACUGGUAAGCGUAUUCUUUAAACAUAUAAAAUGUUAAUUUUUAAAGUACAAAAAUGAUGAAUGUAAAAAUGGACUUACUCAAUGGUACCGUCCUCGAUCUCCGUAACAGAGGAGUGGUAUUAUUGUAUAAGUUUUGCAAUAUUUUACAUUUAAAAAGCCGAAAAAAAAAAUAAUAAAUACUUAUACAAAUGUGCUCAUACGAAAUGGUCGUUGGGGACCAAGAAAAAUCUCUCUUUAGAACCAUCUACGAGAUGCCAUUACGAUUAUUGUUAAUAAUCAUACAAAACUGAACAGUAUUGACUUUUUAUCGUGGUAAUGUAAAAGGAUUCUUUUUAUCCUUGUUUUGUUGAACGUUAUUAUAAUAUAUUAUUCAUAAUCUCAUCUUCCUCCUCACCCUUUCACGUUCACCCCCCGUCUCCCUUUUAAAAGUACCCCACAGGUACCUUUUCCACCUACUGCCAACUUAUUAUAUAAGUCUUGUCGACACAACGUGUUCCUCGUUAAAAACUGCUUAAUAUAUUAUACAAAAAAUAAAACGAAACAAGCAACACACAAAGUAAAUAUAAGUAUUGUUUUGUAUGCAAUUGAAGAAGAUAUUUAUUAAUAUAUGACUAUGAUUAUAUGUA